AUGGAUUCCAAACAGCCUAUCCCUCCCUCAUACAAUAAUGACGAAAACGAACCCGCUCCUCCUUCGUAUACUGAAAGCAUUUCAGCAUCGACCUACUACUCUACCCAAAUCAGAUCACAACUAAGCACCAUCAGUACCACCAUAAGCGCCCUCGAAUCCCAAAAAUCCCUCCUCUCCUCCGCCCGAGACGAGAAAAUCCUCUCCCUCCUCACCACCCAAAUCCAAAUCUUCCUCUCCGACUUCGUCAACUCGGGUCUACGGAAAGGAACCUUGAUUUUAGUCCCCGCAAACGGACUGACAGACGACAACGCCAAACCCACAGAUUACGACUUCAAAGACCCAAAUCAGUACGACAGAGUCGUGCGAGUGCGGAGUGAAGAUGAACCAGUUUAUGACGAAUUCUCGAGUGAACCACAGGAAACCUGGUUUUGGAACGAUGAAGAUAUGGCGAGACGUUUGGCACGAUACUUAAAACCUCCUUCUACGGUGCCACAAAUCAGGAACUUGCCAUCACGAACGGAACCCAGUUCGCGCAGCCCGCGGACGGAAAGCAGUUCUACUCGUUCAUUUUGGGGAAGAAGAAAAAGUCCUACUAAACACAUCCCUGCAUCACCAACCUAUGAAAAGAAAGAUUCGAAAUUGGGGUAUGAUAUAAAAAAGGCCGCUUCGAGUAGUUCCGAUACUGGAGAUGACGUUUCUAUGGAUGUCCAUGCCGAGGAGGUUGUAUUCAGGACGGAGGAUGAAAUGGGACUUUUUGGGACGCAGAGGGGGUAUGUGAUUGUACUUAGACUGAAGGUUGUUUUUGGGAAUGAGAGGAAAUAG